AUGUUCUGGAUUUGGCGUCCCAUGGGCAACCUCCCCGCACUCGAGGUGGAAUAUGAUCAGAUGCGCAGCCGCGUUGAGGUGGCCACCAUCACCGACGGCGACCCGGAGGAUCUCUUCGUUUGGCCCUUGCCGGCCUCGCUCUUCCAGGACGGAGAGUGGGACGUUGACGGGUUUUCGGACCUCAGCAUAGUGUGGAUCUUCAAGUCUCCAGGUGUUUUUUCCCAGGUAAGGAGUGUGCAACAAACAACUCACCAGCCGAAGAUGCUGACAUCGCUUUGGUGUUUAGGAGGGUGCAGGGUUUCUAAUGUAACUUUUUUGGCACGAGCCUGA